AUGAGUCUGAGUCGUACCAAGCGAAUCAGCUCCAGUAACUCUGUCCGGAGCAGCAGUGGGUCGAGGAGGCUGAGCGGUUUCGGUCCAGGUCAGGGGGGUUUCACCGGCGUCUCCCUGAGCAGCAGCUCUCUGUACACAGGCACCAACGGGCAUCACCACGGCCUGAGCGCCUCGCUGGCGUCCCUGUCCGUCAACAAGAGCCUGCUGGCCCCCCUCAACCUGGAGAUCGACCCCAGCCUGUCCAUGAGCCGAGCCCAUGAGAAGGAGCAGAUCAAGAGCCUCAACAACCGCUUUGCAAGCUUCAUCGAUAAGGUGCGUUUCCUGGAGCAGCAGAACAAAAUGCUGGAGACAAAACUGGAGCUGCUGCAGGGUCAGGGGGUGAGCCGGUCCAACGUGGAGCCGCUGUUCGAGGCCUACUUGGCGGGUCUGAGGCGCCAAAUGGACCUGGUCAACAAUGACAAGACCAAACUGGACGGGGAGCUGAGGAACAUGCAGGGUCUGGUGGAGGACUACAAACACAAAUACGAGGACGAGAUUAACAAGAGAAACAACCUGGAGAAUGACUUUGUUAUUCUAAAGAAGGAUGUUGACUCAGCCUACUUGGUGAAGGCAGAUCUGGAGGAUAAGGUGGGAGCCCUGACUGACGAAAUCAACUUCCUGCGCAAUGUCUAUGAUGAGGAGCUGCGUGAGCUGCAGGCCAGCAUCAAAGACACCUCUGUGGUGGUGCAGAUGGACAACAGCCGCAGCCUGAACAUGGAGCAGAUCGUCGCUGAGGUCAAAGCUCAGUACGAAGAGAUCGCAGCCCGCAGCCGAGAGGAGGCAGAGGCCUGGUACAAGAGCAAGUUCGACCAAAUGUCGGUGCAGGCCAGCCAGUUUGGAGACGAACUCCGCAUUGUGAAGGGAGAGGUGGCCGAGGUGAACCGACUCAUCAGCCGACUGCAGAGCGAGAUAGAGUCCGUCAAAGCUCAGCGUGGCAGUCUGGAGAACCAGCUGGCUGAGGCAGAGGAGCGUGGAGAGUUGGCUGUGAAAGAAGCCAAGUCCCGGACCAGAGACCUGGAGGAUGCGCUGCAGAGAGCCAAACAGGACAUGGCCAGACAGCUCAGAGAGUAUCAGGAUCUGAUGAACCUGAAACUGGCUCUGGACAUUGAGAUUGCCACCUACAGGAAGCUGCUGGAAGGAGAGGAGGACAGACUUGGACAACAGUCCAUCCUCAACAUUCAGGCUGUCUCCAACUACAGUAAGUAA